AUGGAUGUUGAUCUUUUAAGGCCAGGCACGGUGCCCAUUUCCCCGGACACUAUUCUUUGGUUUGAAUUUUUGCUUGAUCCUACCCUAUUAAAAAAACACCUAAGCAAAACAAAUCCAGAUCCCUCAGCAUGUGAACUCAUUGAAGAAUUUUUAUCUGUUGAUGCCAAACAAGCUGCAGCUAAAGCUGCAGCUGAUAGAGUUGUAGAUGUGGAUGGCCCACCUAGCCCACCAGUGGUAUCUACACAGUCUCUUCAAUUUACACGAAAACAGCUUGCUUUAAAGAUUCUUGCUCUUAAGGUUGCUUCAACACUGCAUUGGAACUUAGAUAUCUUCGAAAUAAAACUAGCUCCUCAAGUACAACAACAGCUGAUGCAAGACCUUGUUUACAUGGCUACCAAUACUAUAUUUGCUGUACCUCCACAGGAUAUACCGUGUGACCUACUGCAAAAGCCCCAAGUGCAAUUUGCAUUAACAUUAUAUCACAGAUGGGUUCUACGUUUUCCAGUAAAGGCUGCGUUGUAUGCUAAAUCAACAAAAGUGUCCUUUUUACAUAUGCCAGGUAUGCAAACAGAUAGUGGAUACAGUCCCAUGAAUCAAAACUUCGAAAAGAUACUAAGAAUGUGUGAUACCUCCCGUUUACAAAGUAUAAAAUAUUUGGAAGGAGUCCUAACUGAUUAUGAACUGUUUCCUAAUAGUAGUACAAGAGGAUCUAAAAAAAUUAAGAUACCCGUUAUGGAAACAUUUAUCCACUUGACAGAAGAUAGUAAUGAUAUGAACCAUAACUGGAAUGCUGGAGAUAUUGUUAUGAGCCAAUAUGAGCUGGCUAUGCAAAUCCAUUUUGAUUUGUGCUGCAAUUAUUUCUUUUAUGGACAGCAUGAUAUGGCCAAGAAGCACAUACUGGGGUGCAGGGAAAACGCCAACCUUCUCGAAAGGGAAAUAUCUAUUCACGGCUACGGUACUCAUAAAGUAAUGCCAUGGAAUAAGUUCAAUUAUGCGAGCAUGAAGAAUGACGAUAUAUUGGGAUACAUAAGAGCACUCAAUUUGGGUUAUGACUUAUUAAAUGAGGAACCCACUCUCCUGCAAAAACUUCAGGAGUCUAUCGCCAAUCAUUACACGGGGAUUAUAGGUAUACUGCAAGCCGACAAUUUAACCAGGGAAAUCCCGAUUAUACAUAGAGAAGUAGUAGAACUAGACAUACAAGGUUCUGCUUCAAGUGGGGCAUUUACGGUUGCUAGAGAUCUUCUUAACAGAGUCUCUGUACUGAAUGCCGUGCGGUACGCUUUGGAAGGGGGAAUACCGUCAACGCAUCCAGAUUUCUUAAACAAAUUCAAAACAGUCGGCAUAAAGUUCUUCGAUUUGCUAUUUUGGGCUAUGGGCCCCGUCUUACUGUCCGAUUUGUCCGAAGACGAUUGGAACAAACUGGGUAUAUUCUUUUUACAUCUGGCAACAUCCCAAUGUAAGCUGCCGAUUGAAAGGUUAGACGAAUACCUGAAGAAGUAUGUUGGCGAAUCCAGCGAGAGGAUAAGGAGGAAGUUGAUAUCCGACAAAAACCUGCAGAGAGUGCUCAACGAUCCGCUGAACGUCGACGACGAGAAUAUCGACGUGCCCCGGGAGCUGCUCACCGAGGAUUGGGAAACGCCUGACUUCGAGUUCAAGACUGUUCCCGAGUUGGAGAUGGGUAGGCUCAAGAAGCGCUUAAUAGAGGCCUCGACGGCCGACGACGUGCGCAUGUGCCUCGUGAAACUGGCGAUGAUGUCCCCCUCCUCGCCGCUGUGGAAGCUGAGCCCGUCCUGGAAGCCGGCGGGGACUCUCGGUGCAGCGCUGGUGGCGCUGCCGCGUGGCUUCCUCCAGGACUUCGGCUACGUGGUGUCUGGUGCAGCGCGCGCCAGGGCGGAGGCCGGCUGCUCGCGUGCAGCGCUCUCCUUGCUUUCGGUGCUGGAGGGCGAAGCGCGCAGCCAACUCGGCGGUGGUUCGGACCCGACUCUGUACAGGCUCUGCCGGCUGCUCUCUUGGGAGGUGCUCUACUUGCAAGUGAACGUGAUGCUCACCGAGUGGCCUCACCACCGGCUCAAUUUGACGGCGCUGGCGAAUAAGUGCAAGGCGUGCAUCGCAGCCGCGUCCUCGGGCGACGGCAUCGCGCCCCGUCCACAGGUGGUUGAGGCGUGCUGGACGUGUUUGGUGAACGCAUGCGAGUGGGAGGGGGCGGGGGCGGUACCGGCGGGGGGCGCGGGGGAGACGGCCGCCGCGCUCUGCGCCGCGUGCCUGGAGCUGCAACGCGGCAAGGCCACCAGAAAAUUCCCCAGACCGUUGUGGGACUACGCGCUGUCGGUGUUCUGCAACGGGACCGGUGCGCCGGUGAAGCGGAACGCCGGCGGUCUUCCCGCGCACUCGAGGGAUGCCCCGACCGCCUCGGCCGACUCCAGGUCGGCGUUCAACGGCUUCCUGGCAACCCUGCGCGAGCCUCUCGCCAUCGGCGUGAUGCUCUCGCUCCUCGCGCGCAUCCACAACGUGCUGGUGGACGAUAGCUCGACGGAGCUCGUCGUCGAGUACACCAACCUCUGGCCGUCGAGCGUCUCCAACAUGAACAACUACAGCACGCGCCACAUAAUCGAGUCCCUCACGGACCUCCUCGAGAGGAGUCUGAAGCUGUACCCUUACAACACGUCGUGGCUGCGGCUGUACGGCGACGUGGAGAUGUGCGCGGGCCGGUGGGGCGCGGCGCUGCGCCGCUACCUGUGUGCGCUCGCGGCCGGCUCGUGGCACUUCGCGAAGCGAGCGCCAGACGAGGGCGCCGUGGCGCGCAGGGCGGCGCGCUGCUGCCAGGCGCUCGCGGCGCCCACGCAGGCGGCAGCCCUGUGCCAGCUGCCCGACGAGCCGGACUACGCCGCCGCCUUCAAGUGCCUCGCCGAGAAGACCGGCAACGCCGCGGACGCGAUGGACGCGUACUACGGCUGCCUGUGGGACGGCACGCUGCUCGAGGUGGCGGUGGCGCUGCACGCGCGGCGCGGCGAGGGCGGCCGGCGGGCGCGAGCCGUCAAGGCCGCCGGCGCUCUCGAGCUGAACGCGAACAACAGCGAGGACAUACAGCGCGAGGCGGCCGCCGUGCGCCGCGCCAGGCUGCUGCGCGCGCUCACCAACCAGUACGUCGCG